CCGGACUCCAUGUCCCAGGGGCCCCGGGGACACGGCCGUACCGGGAGGGAGGGAGGAUGCUGCGGGCGGGCUGCCGCGCCGCGCUGCCCCGCCGCCCCCCGGGCUGGGCGCCGCUGAGCGGGGCCGGGGGAGCCGAGGAGGGGGCGGGGGGGCUGAAGCGGACCCCGCUGGACGCCCUGCACCGGGCCCGCGGCGGGAAGAUGGUGCCGUUCGCCGGCUGGAGCCUGCCCCUGCACUAUGGGGAGGGCCACCUCCAGUCCCACCUGCACACCCGCCGCUGCUGCUCCCUCUUCGAUGUCUCCCACAUGCCCCAGACCAGGGUGUACGGCCGGGACCGUGUCAGGUUCGUGGAGAGCCUGGUGGUGGGGGACAUCGCCGAGUUGAAGCUGGGACAGGGCACCCUGACGCUGCUCACCAACGAGAGGGGUGGCAUCGUGGAUGACCUCAUUGUCACCAACACAGCAGAUCACCUCUACAUCGUGUCCAACGCGGGCUGCACCGACAAGGACUUGGCCAUUAUGAGGGGCAGAGCAGCGGAGCUGCAGGCCACCGGCAGUGACAUCCACCUGGAGAUGUUGGACAACGCGCUGCUGGCUCUGCAAGGUCCCUCCAUGGCACGGGUGCUGCAGGCAGGGCUGUCAGAUGACCUGGCCAAGCUGCACUUCAUGAACAGCGUCACCACAACAGUCUUUGGCGUGCCAGGCUGCCGGGUCACGCGCUGCGGCUACACCGGCGAGGAUGGUGUGGAGAUCUCGGUGCCCGCAGCGCAGGCAGUGGAGCUGGCAGAGCGGCUGCUGGGUGUUGCUGAGGUGUGGCCGGCGGGGCUGGCAGCCAGGGACAGCCUGCGCCUGGAAGCCGGGCUCUGCCUCUACGGCAAUGACAUCGAUGAGACCACCACGCCUGCCGAGGCUGGGCUGCUGUGGACCUUGGGGAAGCGCCGACGUGCCAACAUGGACUUCCCCGGCGCAGCCAUCAUCAUGGCACAAGUCAAAGAGAAGCCGAAGCGCAAGCGUGUGGGGCUGACGUCAGUGGGACCCCCCAUCCGGCCCCACACAGCCAUCCUGGGCCCCGAGGGCACACCUGUGGGCACGGUGACCAGCGGCUGCCCCUCCCCCUCCCUGGGCAAGAACAUCGCCAUGGGCUACGUGGAGACAGCGCACAGCCGAGCUGGCACCGCGCUCACCGUCGAGGUGCGGAAGAAGCAGCACCCAGCCCUCGUCACCAAGAUGCCCUUUGUGCCCACCCACUACUACAUGGCCAAGUGAGGCCGGUCCCUGCUGUGGGCAUGGCCCCUGGCCCUAAUAAACGCCCCCUGCCCCAC